ACUGGCAUCACGUGACCGUGGCGCCGAUGGCGGCGGCGCCGCCGCGCUGAGGGGAGCCGGCAUGGAGGUGUUCAUCCCGUCCUUCCGAUACGAGGAGAGCGAGCUGGAGCGGGGAUACACGGUCUUUAAAAUAGAAGUGCUGAUGAGUGGAAGGAAACAUUUUGUGGAGAAGAGGUAUAGUGAAUUCCAUGCGCUUCAUAAAAAGCUCAAGAAGUUCAUAAGAACCCCAGAGAUCCCUUCAAAGCAUGUGAGAAACUGGGUCCCCAAGGUCCUGGAACAGCGACGACAAGGCUUGGAGUUGUACUUACAGACAGUCAUUUUAGAAAAUGAAGAGCUCCCUAAGAUAUUUCUUGAUUUUUUGAAUGUUCGUCAUGUACCUACCUUGCCAAAAGCAGAAAGCUGUGGCUCUUUUGAUGAAACAGAAUCUGAAGAAUCAAGCAAAUUGUCCCACCAGCCUGUGCUGCUGUUCCUAAGGGAUCCAUAUGUCUUGCCUAAAGYCAACGAUGACUUUCCAAACGUAGUUAUAGAUGGCAUUCUACAUGGAAUAUUUUAUCCUCAUUUACUGCCCAGGUAGAAGUGAUAUAUGGCAAGAAGCUGAAGCAAGUUUCUGAGUCAUAUUUAAUAGAAUUAACAGGAAUAAAAUUCUGUGAUGUGAAUAUUAUGCUCAGAAGCAAGAGGCCAACCUCAGACUCUAAGUGCAAGAAUUAUGUUUUUUUUAAGAAAAUCACUGUCUUUACAGUUGCUGCUUUUAAAAAAAAAAAGAUAAUGAAACAACAGUAUUGAAGUUAUUUAUAUCUUCUAUAUAUUGACAUGCUCUAACUAUUUAACACUAAAUAUUCUAAGUCACACACUGAAUUACACUAACCUUUGAAGAGUUUUACUAAUUAUUUCUAUAAUUUCUAUUAAAGCAAACACUAAACCUUUUUGCACCAGGAUUUUUCCCAGCACAUUAACCACUGCUGGCACUGGAUGAAUUAGAAGUGCUGAGGAGAGUGUGCCUGGAAUUAGAAAACAUGCUUUCACAUUCUGAAAUACGUAGCACUCUCUGAGGAAAUUUUCUAGAUUUCAGUUGAAAUUAUUUUAAUUACCAGGAGCUUUUAUGUGGCUUUUAUGCAUCUCCAUUCAGUUAUGACAUCUAACCUCUGUAUUUGUUUACUCUCCACAACAACUUGCUGACUGUAUUCCAAUAUAUUAACAUUUUAUAAGUCACAGGACAUACAACUCUGUGGUAAACUA